GCUUGGGAGCCCAGCGCCCGGGAGCCGCCGCCUCCGCCACCGCCACCACUGCAGGCGCUCGGGACUCGGAACGUCGUGCGCCCAGCCAUGGCUUCGGGCCCUGCGGGGGCGGAGACCCGGCAAAGGCUGCUGCGCACGGUCAAGAAGGAGGUGAAGCAGAUCAUGGAGGAGGCCGUCACACGGAAGUUUGUCCACGAAGACAGCAGCCACAUCAUCUCCUUCUGUGCGGCUGUGGAGGCCUGCGUCUUGCACGGGCUGCGGCGGCGGGCGGCUGGCUUCCUGCGCAGCAACAAGAUCGCGGCUCUCUUCAUGAAGGUGGGCAAGAGCUUCCCGCCAGCUGACGAGCUGAGCCGCAAGGUCCAGGACCUGGAGCAGCUGAUAGAGAACGCGCGAAACCAGAUCCAGGGCCUCCAGGAGAAUGUGCGGAAGCUGCCGAAGCUACCCAACCUGUCCCCACUUGCCAUCAAGCACCUGUGGAUCCGCACGGCCUUGUUUGAGAAGGUCCUGGACAAAAUUGUGCAUUACCUUGUGGAAAACAGCAGUAAAUACUAUGAAAAAGAAGCACUCCUGAUGGACCCUGUGGAUGGCCCCAUCCUUGCGUCUUUGUUGGUGGGGCCCUGUGCCUUGGAAUACACCAAGAUGAAGACGGCGGAUCACUUCUGGACCGACCCCUCUGCUGACGAGCUCGUCCAGAGGCACCGCAUCCACAGCUCGCACCUGCGACAGGACUCGCCCACCAAGCGCCCCGCCCUCUGCAUCCAGAAGAGGCUUUCGAGUGGCAGCAUGGAUGACCGCCCAUCCCUCUCUGCCCGCGACUAUGUGGAGUCCCUGCACCAGAACUCCAGGGCCACCCUGCUGUAUGGCAAGAACAACGUUCUCGUUCAGCCGAGGGAUGACAUGGAGGCUGUCCCAGGGUACCUGUCCCUGCACCAGACUGCUGACCUCAUGACCCUGAAGUGGACACCCAACCAGCUGAUGAACGGGUCUGUGGGAGAUCUGGACUAUGAGAAGAGCGUCUAUUGGGACUAUGCCAUGACCAUCCGCCUGGAGGAGAUCGUCUACCUGCACUGCCACCAGCAAGUGGACAGCGGCGGGACAGUGGUGCUGGUCAGCCAGGACGGGAUCCAGAGGCCACCCUUCCACUUCCCCAAGGGAGGGCACCUCCUGCAGUUCCUCUCAUGCCUGGAGAACGGGCUGCUCCCGCACGGGCAGCUGGACCCACCGCUCUGGUCUCAGCGGGGGAAGGGCAAAGUAUUUCCCAAACUGCGCAAGCGAAGCCCUCAGGGUUCUGCCGAGUCCACAGCUUCAGACAAGGAAGAUGACGAGGCCACGGAUUACGUGUUCAGGAUCAUCUACCCCAGCCUGCAGUCCGAGUUCGUUGUUCCCGACCCCUUGGGCAGCACAUCCUCGGUCUCCGUGGGCCCUGCCUGGACGGUGGUUCCUGUGGGCCGGUCCAUGCUGGUGGUGGCCAGGGGCAGUCGGUGGGCCCAAACCAGAUGGGACGCCACCCUUCCCAUACCAGGCUUGAAGCAGCAGCCCCCCAUGCCCCAGGACCUGAUGGAUGUCUCCAUGAGCAACCUGCCAUCGCUAUGGCAACCCAGUACCCACAAAUCCUCUUGCUCAUCCUGUUCACAGAGUGGCUCAGGUGAUGGUGGCUCAACCAAUGGCUGCAAACAUGAGAGGGCUCCCCUGAAGCUUCUCUGUGACAACAUGAAGUACCAGAUCCUUUCCAGAGCCUUCUAUGGAUGGCUUGCCUACUGCAGACACCUGUCCACCGUGCGGACCCACCUGUCAGCCCUGGUCAAUCACAUGAUUGUGUCUCCAGACUUGCCCUGCGAUGCUGGACACGGGCUGACGGCCGGGAUCUGGGAGCAGUACCUUCAGGACAGCACAAGUUACGAGGAGCAGGAGCUGUUGCGCCUUAUCUACUAUGGGGGCAUCCAGCCCGAGAUCCGCAAGGCUGUGUGGCCCUUCCUGCUGGGCCACUACCAGUUCGGGAUGACAGAAACGGAAAGGAAGGAGGUGGACGAGCAGAUUCAUGCCUGCUAUGCACAGACCAUGUCCGAAUGGCUGGGCUGUGAGGCAAUUGUGCGGCAGAGGGAGCGGGAGUCCCACGCAGCUGCCCUGGCCAAAUGCUCAUCAGGGGCCAGCCUGGAGGGUCCCCUGCACCGGAUGAUGCACAGGGACUCCACCAUCAGCAACGAGUCCUCCCAGAGCUGCAGUUCUGGCCACCAGAACAUCCGCCUGCAGAGCGACUCCAGCAGCAGCACACAGGUGUUCGAGUCUGUGGACGAAGUGGAGCAGGUGGAGACAGAAGGCAGGUUGGAGGAGAAACAGCCCAAGAUCCCCAAUGGGAACCUGGUGAAUGGCACCUGUUCCCCGGACUCCGGCCAUCCUUCCUCCCACAACUUCUCCUCUGGCCUCUCGGAGCACUCGGAGCCCAGCCUGAGUACGGAGGACAGUGUCAUGGACGCCCAGCGCAGUGCCUCCCUGGUGCUGCGACCCGGGGACAGCAGCGUGGACGAAGGGCAGAGUAGCGAGGCCACCACUUCCCGGGACGAGGCUCCCCGUGAGCAGCUGGCCGUGCAGGACAGCCUGGAGAGUGACCUCCUCGCCAACGAGAGCAUGGACGAGUUCAUGUCCAUCGCAGGCAGCAUGGACGUGGCUCUGCCUGAAAAGGAGGGCCCCCCGAUGGAGGGCUGGGGGGGCAGCGAGGUGAAGUGCGGCCGGGUGGACAGUGAGGACAACCUUUCAGAGGAGCCCGAGAUGGAGAGUCUCUUCCCAGCCUUGGCUUCUCUGGCCGUGAGCACAGCUGCCAACAACGAGGCGUCCCCUGUGUCAUCCAGCGGUGUCACCUACUCCCCGGAGCUGCUCGACCUGUACACAGUGAACCUGCACCGCAUCGAGAAGGACGUGCAGAGGUGCGACCGCAACUACUGGUACUUCACGCCCGCCAACCUGGAGAAGCUGCGCAACGUCAUGUGCAGCUACAUCUGGCAGCACAUUGAGAUUGGCUAUGUCCAGGGCAUGUGUGACCUCCUGGCUCCACUGCUGGUCAUUCUGGAUGACGAGGCCCUCACCUUCAGCUGCUUCACGGAGCUUAUGAAGAGAAUGAACCAGAACUUCCCCCAUGGAGGCGCUAUGGACACACACUUUGCCAACAUGAGGUCACUAAUCCAGAUCCUGGACUCAGAGCUCUUUGAGCUGAUGCAUCAGAAUGGAGACUACACUCACUUCUACUUCUGCUACCGCUGGUUCCUGCUGGAUUUCAAACGAGAACUUGUCUAUGAUGAUGUCUUCUCUGUCUGGGAGACCAUUUGGGCAGCCAAACACGUCUCAUCCACCCACUACGUCCUGUUCAUCGCGUUGGCUCUGGUGGAGGUCUACCGUGACAUCAUCUUAGAGAACAACAUGGAUUUCACAGACAUCAUCAAGUUCUUUAAUGAAAUGGCGGAGCGACACAACACCAAGCAGAUCCUGAAGCUGGCCCGGGACCUCGUGUACAAGGUGCAGACUCUGAUUGAGAACAAGUGAGGGCCGCCUCACCCAGGCAGCCUCAGCCAAGCUGCCACCUGCCUGUCGUGCCCACUUUUCCUCCCAGCCACUGGGGAGCGAGGUCCUGGUGUCUGUCUGUGAGCAUGGACUUCUGUGCAAAGAGAAACUGGCCCGACUUUGGCCGCCGGGCAGGUGGGGUCGAGGGCUCGCCCCUUGAGUUCAGCCUUACGUUUUCCUGUUUGACCAAAGAUCGCCCGUGUAUGGGAUUUCUCCUUGCGGGAACUGUCGGUGGAUGGAGGGAACGUCUUUGUUCAAGGCCUCCAGACGUCUUCUCUAUUCUCUCCCCGUCCCUCCAGACUGUCUUGUCAGAUGAGACGUGGGAUGGGAUUGUUUCGGAAGUUGGUGUAGGAGUCUGUGGGGUGCCCUCUGUACUCUGGAAGGAGUCUUUACAGAUGUCCCAGAACAGCUGGAAGACCGGCUGGCCGCAGGGUUUUUGCACUUAGCACUGUUGACAUUUGGACUGGGUCAUCCUUUUUGGGGGGUGAGAGGCGGGAGGGUGUUCUGCACAUUGUAGGAUGUUGAGCAGCAUCCCUGGCUUCUCCCCACCAGAUGCUAGUACUACCCUCCUCCCCACCCCAUUGUGACAACCCAGAAUGUCCCCGGAUAUUGCCAAACGUCCCCACUGGCUUAGAGGAGGGGCUACCAAUGUAUCUCCCAACCGGUUCUCUUUCUACCUAAGCUGCCCGUGUCCUGAGGCCCCCUUUAGGAAAGGCACGUGGGAGGCCUCACACGUCUCCCCUUGAGGGGUGAGAUUCCGUCUGCUGUAUUCUCUCAUUUUUUUCCUCCACCUGACUCUGGGAGAGACUUCUUUUCAAGAAGGGAGUCUUCCUGCGGGGCAGUGGGAUCCCAGAAGUGUCUGCAGGUGGGAGACAGUCCGGGGCUCUUCUGGGUUUCACCCAGAGCCCCCUGUGAUCCCCCCAGGAAAGACUGCCUCUCCUUCCACACAUGGGUCUGGUGCUCCAGGAGCUUGGAAUGUGUGUGUUGGUGCAGCUGUUCCCCAAGUGCCCUUGCUCACUCAGGACGAAGGAAGAGGAAGACAGAGGGCAGCCAGGGUGAUGUGUGUGUUUUCCAUGGUGGCUCAGUCCGGAAAUGGUCCCCGCCACAUCUUCUCUCAAAGGGUCGCCAGUCCACAAACAGAUCCUGAGUUCGGUGGCUCAGCUGCCCACCUGUCCUCCAGGAAGGUGGUCCUGCCCACUCUGUUCUGAUAAUGCACCAGAAUCGGGGGAAACAGAGUCGGGGAACUGCUCUUCCCAAGAAUGGCAGGUCGGGUUUUGGAGAUGGCAGGAGACACCUAACACAUUGAAGCGUUGACACGGGGUGCUUAGUCCUCCCACCCUGAGCAAACCAGGACCGGAGAAGUCCCUGCCCUGCGUGCUGGGGAAGCUCUUCCCUCGGUCACAGCGCCUCCAACUGCAUCUGAGUCCCCACUUUCCCCUAGUGGGGCUUCCUGGGAGGGACAGACAAGCCCCAGAGGGCCCUUGCUUCCGAAGAGCGAUCAUCCUCUCACCCUGGUUCCCCAGUUUCCUUGGAUGGGAAAAAUGUGCGAAAGGCCCCCCCGAGAAAAGUGCAUUCUGCCACAUAGCUGCUCCUAGCAGGGGAUGUUUUGUUAGCACAACCCAGACCCUCUGGUUCUUACUUAUUUUUUGACGGAGUAGUCACACAGCACAGCACAAGAUUUCCUCUCUGCCUUCUCUCGUGGUGUCCUGGGACACGUCGUGGUUGUGGCUUGGACUAACUGCUCUCUGUUCAGCUCUCUGCUUCUUCAGGUGUCCGUGAGCUGCGUCGUCGUCGUGUCCUAGAGUUGAGUGUGUGGGAGUCGUUCUGUCUGCAGCGUGCCCUCCUUUCUCAGUGUUACCAGCACAUCUUGUAACUGUUUACUGAAGAGUUGUGUCUAUAUAGAGAGAAAACAUAUAUAAACCAAGAGG